AUGGAUUACCCACUUCUUAGUAGUAUUAUCGUUCCUGAAGCAUUGAAAAAACUUCCUCAAGACAAAUGGGCUGAAUUAAUAGAGGAGGUAAGAACUUGCAUUACUGAGAGUGUCAAGAAAAAUGGAGGACAUCUUGGUCCUAACCUUGGAGCAGUAGAAAUUAUCUUUGCUUGUCACAUGGUUUUUAACCUCAAUCAGGAUCGUCUACUUUUUGAUGUAGGGCAUCAGUGCUACGCUCACAAAAUUUUAACCUGCCGCUACCGUGAAUUUAAUCGAUUGAGGCAGAAAAAUGGAUUGAGUGGUUAUCCUUACAAAAAGGAAAGUGACUAUGAUGUUUUUCGUGGUGGUCAUGCCUCUACAGCUAUAUCUACAGCUCUCGGAAUGCGUUGCGGUUUUGAUUUUGACAAAGAUCAAACUAAGAAAUUUGUUGUCAGCUUAGUAGGUGAUGGUGCUAUGACGGGAGGGAUGGCGUUUGAAGCUCUCAACCAUGCGGGACAUAUAAAAAAUAAUUUAAUUGUUAUUUUGAAUGAUAAUUCAAUGUCUAUUUCUCCAACCAUUGGGGGUUUGGCAAAGGCACUCAAUAAUUUUCGCCACAAUCAAUUUUACACCCAUUUAAAAAAGGGACUCAUUGACAGACUCAAAAAAAUUCCAAAAUUAGGUCAUAAGUUAGAAUUUAUGGUAAACCUCACAUUAGAGGAGGCGAGCAGAAUUGCUAGCCCAGCUCAGCUUUUUACUGUUCUAGGUUUCGACUACAUGGGACCUAUUAAUGGUAAUGAUGUGCAUGAAGUUAUUUCAACCCUAAAGGCAGCUAAAAAGGUCAAGGUUAAACCAGUACUUAUCCAUGCUCUCACUCAAAAAGGGAUUGGGUUUCGUCCUCAUGGUAAAAAUGGAGAAACCAUCAUUGGUCCCCAUGCUCUUUCACCACCAAAGGCAAAAAUAAAAAGUGACAAAUCCCCAAUGCUAUCGUAUUCUGUCACAGCAGUUGAUGUUCUUAAACAAUUGUGUAAGAAAAAUGAAAAAGUUAUCACGAUCACGGCCGCAAUGGCUGAAGGCACUGGAUUGAAUAAGUUUGAAGAAGUGUUUCCUCAUCGUUAUUUUGAUGUGGGAAUUUGUGAAGCUCAUGCAGUAGGUUUUUCUGCUGGGUUAGCCGCCUCAGGUCUCAAGCCAAUUUUCAUGGUAUACUCAACUUUUUUGCAACGUGCCUUUGAUCAAAUUUUUCAUGAAUUGGUUCUUCAGCAAAAUAUCCCCACUAUUUUUUGUAUUGAUCGUGCAGGUUUAGUAGGAGAUGACGGUCCUAGCCAUCAUGGGAGUUAUGACAUUGCCUAUUUGCGUAUCUUUCCUAAUUUCGUUUUAAUGGCGCCUAAAGAUGGAGAGGAUUUAAAAAAUAUGAUUGCAUUUGCAACCCAAUUGAAUACAAUGGUUGCCAUUAGGUAUCCCAGGUCUUCCAUACCUGAUAGAAACUAUUUCAAAAAGAAUUAUAAAAAAAGCCAAAAAUUAAUCUUAGGAAAGUCUGAAGUUUUAUUUAAAACUAAAGACAAAAAAGGAAUAUGCUUAUAUGCAUAUGGUAGCAUGGUCAUUGAGGCAAGCAAGGCAUGGAAAAUGCUGGCAGAAGAUGGGAUUCAUGUAACUCUAGUGAAUGCCAGGUUUGCCAAACCCAUUGAUGUUGGAACACUCCGGCGACUUUACUCACAACAUCAAUCUCUUAUUGUAUUGGAAGAAGGAAUUAAGCGGGGGGGGCUCGGAUCGGCCGUUUUGGAGGAACUCAAUCGCCUUGGACUUGAUACUGGUAAGGUUCUUGUUAAAGGACUUCCCGAUCAAUUGGUUGAACAUGCUUCAAGGCAGGAGCAAUUACAAGAGUGUGGUUUGGAUAGUCGUUCGAUUGUUAAGUCGGUCAAAUUAAUUAAGAAGAAGUUAGCAAAUAAGAGGAAAAAAUGA